AAUUUCUGCUUGUAAUCGUUUUCUUUCCCCUAGCUAGCUAGGUUAAACAUUGGCAAGCAAGCGUGUCAUGUACGUAUUUGUAUAAGUCGGCCUCUGCUCUCGGUCACAUUGUAAGACUUUUCUACCAAAUCUCCAACUCAUUUAUAUGUUCCUCUUCCUGAUCAUCUUCCUCUGUGUUUAAAAUCCUUACAAAUUUUUUACACCGACCACAACCUUCUUAUAUUACAUCGAAAGUUAUAUAUACAACAAUUCUUCCAAAAGCGAGAACUGCGUGCUGAUCUAACCAUCCAAACGUGGACGUACAUUCAAUUGAUACGCAGAUGAUGAUCGGCAAAAACAUGGACUAUGCACAACAGUCUAUUGGAAAACCUGCACUACUCUUGUUGCUCUUCAUUGGGAUCUUCUACGGCCUCUUUGUUUGGUCUUCCUCAAUCGGGAAUCCGUUCAAUGCAGUCCAAAAGGAAUCCAUUUGCACACCUUCAAACACGACCACCGAUAUUUAUGUCCCCCAACAAGAUGAGCUUGAAAAAGCUCUAUCCAAAGCUUCCAUGGCAAAUAGAACGGUCAUCAUCGCUAUUGUAAACAAGGCCUACGCGGACCAAGACGUCAGAGCAGACACCACCAUGCUUGACCUCUUCCUUGAGAGCUUUUGGCUUGGGGUAGAGACUAGACCACUCCUUGACCACCUCUUACUCGUAGCCGUGGAUCAGACGGCCUAUGAUCGCUGCCAGUUCCUACGCUUGAACUGCUAUAAAUUGGAAACGGACGGCGUGGAUUUUGGGGGAGAAAAGAUUUACAUGUCCGAGGAUUUCAUCAAGAUGAUGUGGAGAAGAACUCAUUUUCUCAUGGAAGUUCUCAAGCGUGGCUACAACUUCAUCUUCUCGGAUACCGAUGUAAUGUGGCUAAGAAAUCCAUUUUCACAGCUAAGCAAAAAUGAAACUGAAGAUCUACAGAUCAGUACUGACAUGUUUUUUGGAGAUCCAUGGUCGGAAAAACAACUAAUCAACACCGGAUUUUACUACAUUCGAUCGAACAACAAGACCAUCACAUUGUUGAACACAUGGUAUUCUAAGAAAGACAACUCCACGGGACAGAAGGAGCAAGAUGUGCUAUCAAACCUUAUUAAAGGAGGGAUAAUUAAACAACUGAAUCUUACUGUAAGGUUCUUGGACACCCUCUAUUUUAGUGGGUUUUGUCAAGCGAGCAAGGAUUUUAGGGCAGUGACCACCGUCCAUGCAAAUUGUUGUCGGAGUAUUACUGCCAAGGUGAAAGAUUUAAAGGCCGUCCUCAAUGAUUGGAAGCGAUUCAAGAAGAUUAGUUCUUAUAGAAGGUUGGCUAAUGUGACGGAAAACUUACGGUGGUCGGAACACUUGGGAUGUCGGAAUUCGUGGGGGUCGCUUCUCGUGUACUUAAGCGUAGCGGAGGAGAUGGAUUCAUCAGCAGUUCUAUUUAACCAGCUCAAGGCAGCAGAACCAUUUUUCCUAUUAGCGGGUCCCAAUGUGAUUGAAUCUGAGGAGCACAUUUUUCGAAUGGCAAAGCACAUAAAGAUUGUUGCAUCAAAACUUGGGUUGCCUCUGGUUUUCAAGUCAAGCUUUGAUAAAGCUAACAGAACAUCCUCAAGAUCAUUUCGAGGCCCUGGCAUGAUCAAAGGCUUGAAGAUACUUGAGAAGGUUAAAAUAGCAUAUGACAUUCCUAUAGUAACUGAUGUCCAUGAAACUAUCCAGGCAAGUAUUUUUUCUUUACAGUGGUACUCUUGUUUCUUCAGUUUUAUUUUUAUCUUAAUUUCACUUUACAUAAGGCUGCUGCCAUAUUUGUUAACUGGAUGUGUACUUGUUGUCAAUCGAGAUUGAAUAAUACAUUGGCGUAGCAUCCCUGCUUUCAGAAUUAGGUGUUCAGAUGUGUUUCACCAUCCUUCCCAAAUGAGAAAUAGACAUUUUAAUGAAUCUUUUAGGGGAUAUAAGAGUGAAUUGCAUUUUUUUAUUUGCAUAAGAUGAAGUUGUGAUGGAUUGAAGAAGGGAAAGGGAAGGGAAAAUGAGAGAAAACAUAAAGGAAACUGUGAUUUCUUUAAACAAGGAAAUGCGCUGUUACAAUUUCCCUGGCCGGAUUAAUUGUGUACUCGUGAGCAUUUCUGCACAUAUACCUAUAUGACCAGAAGUCUAUGCAUUUAAUUGUGUAAAACGGCCAAUGUCUUAUGCCUCUUCAGUUGUAGGAAACCUUGAUUUUGGUCUGUAGCAAUGUCCAGAAUAGAAAUUCAAAUAUAGUAUAGAUCAAUACAUUUGAACAAAUAACACUUAAAAAAGUAAAAUGAUGCUAUUGAUCUGGCCCUGUACUGGAAAAAACACUUUUAUUUUGGUUCAAGUAGCAGGAAAAGAUUAAAAAUUUUUGUAAACCUUAGACUCUUAUAAUGUAAGCUUUAAGAUGAUGCAAGUCUUGCUUCGUUUGAAAGUUGUUUGUUAUCACUACACAUGAAAAGCUCCAAGUUGCCAAAUCUGAAAAUUAACCUAAAGCUGGGUCAUGUGUCUUCAACACAUCUUCGGCUAGAUCUGGUGAUGUGAUGAUUAUUGCCAACACCUCCCCAAGCUGCAACUGCAAAAUGGGUCCAUAUUUAUCGGCCAACUCUUUCAAGGAACGAUGCGGAAUUUUUGCGAAAGCCAGUUGAUGCAGGUUCCCUAGAAUUGGCAGCUUCCAUGACCCUGGGGGCAACUUAUGGUUUCGGCCUUUGGCUUUGGAUCCCUUCCAGUAUAAAACCAGGAUAAACAGGCAUAUCAAAAGCCAUGUAAAGGUUGGAAGGCUACUGGGAGCUUGGAGCAUUAUGAACAAAUAUUAUUGCAGACGAAGCUCCUCUCUUCUCCUUCGAAGUUGUACAUGAUACGUCCUACGUUGGAAGGAUGGCAAUAAUAUAUAGACCACCUUCCAAUAAUUUUUAUUUUUAUUUUUAUUCAUUUUAAAUUUUAUCAUCAUUGUUCACGUUCGACAUUUUAAAUCUGAUCACUAUUAAUGAUCAGUCAAUGCAACUUAAAAAACUUUAUAAGAU